AAAAAGAAUAACAUGCGCGGUUGAAAAAGAGUUAUCAUCUAUGAUUACAUCAUUGAUUACGAAAAUAUUUUUUCUGUAUUGCCUUGGUAACCAGUUAACAUAACAAUGAAUGAUAGUAUACUACGCGCACAGCUAUGUAUGUUUCUAACAACCGAAUACUUCUUUGAUACUGUGGAGUUGUUUUUAGCAGAAUUAAAAUGUCGAUUGUAACGUGUAAUCAAUCACUGCAAAAUGCAAACUGAAGUGCCCACAUUGCCUGUAGUACAUCUGAAUGUUCAUGAAAAUGUGGAUAGGUAAACUAAUAUUCCUUGCAGAGGGCAAAAGCAAUCAUACCAUAUUCAAGUGUCAUAAUAAAUUGAUAUAUAAAGCAAAACAGCAACACAAAUAGUAUAGAAGAAAAAAAAUGCUAUUCACUAUGUAGAAGUACAUGUCCAUCAUCAAAUAAAAAAUGUUUGCAUCCUUUGCUUGGUAUGUUAUAUAUUGAAAGAGAAUCAUAUAAAAACACCAUGCGAGUCUGUUCUACUACAAUAUCAGCAAAACCUGCAAAUAAAAAUAAUCUUACUCAAAGAGUUGUAUCUGCAAAAAUGCUUCGUAUUAAACAAUUGCAAAAUCAACUUGCUGAUGCACAUUAUCAUCUAAAUGAAUUGGCUAAUGAAAACAGGCUGUUGAAAGCAUUGCAGAAAAGGCAAGAUUCUGCAUUAAGACGUUAUGAGGGAACUACUGCUGAACUACCAAAAAUUAUUAAUUCACAUCAUGAAGAAUUGAGAAUACUGCAAAUUAAGCAUAAGAAAUUAAAAGCCUUACAUAAGAACAUCUCUGAUUUAUUGAAAGAAAAAGAAAAUGAGUUGUAUUCCUUGCAGACUCAAAAUAAGCAUUUGUUGCAACUCAGUAAAGAUCGAAACUUGGCAGAAAGAGAAAAAUUACAGAUGCAAGUUUCUGAGUUAAAUCACAAAAUAAUGCAGCAACAAGAAAAUAUACAGUUGUUAGAAAGAAAAUUAGCCUUGGAAAGAAAAAGUUUGAAACAUCAACUAUUUGUAGAGAUAUCUAAACACAAACAAACACAGAAAAACUUACAAGAAGCACUUGAAAAGGUGAAAGAUUUAGAACAUUUAAUAGGUAACAAAACAAGAAAACAAUUACUAAUCGAUAAAAAAAAUACAGUUUUUGUAACUCAAUCACUUACAAAUUUGAGGAACGUAAGUACUGCAAUAACUAUGACCAACAAAUAUAAAAAAUAUAAUGAUGGACAAAACGAUAACUUGCCUACACUUAUUACAUCUCAAUUAAAUAAUGAUAUAAUUAAUAAUACUAUUAGCAGUACAAAUGCAAGUCAACAAACGGAUUUGCCUUGUCCAGAAACAGUGACAAGUUCAAGGGACACUCAUAAAUUAUAUUUUCAAACAAUGUCACAGGAUAUGAUAUCUUCAUUAUUUGAUGAUCAAACACCAAAGUUUAAAGAUUCAGGAUCAAAAUUAAAUAAAAAUGUACAAACUGCAUCAUACAAUGAAGAUGAUAUAGCAAGUGAGAUGGAAUCUGGGGAUAAGUGCAUAGUAGAUGGAAAUUCAUAUGAAGUAUCUACAGAACAGCAUGAACAAUUCGAUAAUUUUUCUGACUAUUCUAAUAGUGAACAUGAGAACAAUGAACAUAAAAAUAGGAAUUAUCAUUUGAUGAACACAAUAAAAGAUUCUCAGGAUUUACAUACACGGAUGAUCAAUAAUACAGACCAUGAUCUUACUUCUUAUAUAAUAGAUUCUAAAGAGAGUGAAUCCAAUGCACAAUUUUUUUCUAAAAAGAUAUAUAAUGAAAAUUUUCAAAAGCAGGCUAAAAUUUUAAAUCAAAAAGAUUAUGAUUAUCAAUAUAAGUUUAAAACAAACCAAGAAGAAUCUAUUGAAGAUGGCUUCUCUGUAAAAUUCAAAAAUGAUAAAUUUGAUAAAAUAUAUUCUGAUUCUUGUUCAGAAGAUUUUAAUACUAAUGAUAUGACAAACGAAAUUGAUUUAAAAGUUUUAAGAACUAAACAAAGAACUGAUAAUGCAAAUUCGGAAGUUAAUUUGCUACAAAAUGAAAGUAUUUAUGAAUAUCAAAGUGAUUUGCAUAAAAACGUAGAAAAUCCUUCCAUAGAAACUAUAGUGAAUAAUCUUGAAUAUAAUCUAAGUCAUAUGCAUAUACAAGAUGAAAAAAAUCAUGUGAUUAAUGAUCAUGAAAACUUAAUUGAUUUAAAAUUGGAUACCCAGCAUACUUAUGAUGAAAAUGAAACGACUUCUAUGUCUUUGCAACAAGAUGAAUUUCAAGGUAUAGAAAAAUAUUCAACAGUUAAUUUCAAGCUUGAUCAAGAAAUAAAACAUUCGGAAAUUGAUAAAGAUAAUCCAUUAAUAUAUGACAAUAUUAGUUAUUCUAUUGAUAAGGUAAAAGAUGAACUACAACAGAAUAAUUAUAGUGAUCAACAUACAUCAACAAACUCCAUAAUGGAGGGUCAAAGAACAAUAUCUAAUGGAAGCAAAGUGGAAUUUACUGAAGACCUAAACAAUGAUGUUAUUACUACAUUACAAAUGAAUAAGAAAAAAAAGUCAUUAUCCAACAUUCAUACAGCUAAUAACUCUGGUAAAAGUUACAAUAAUACCAAUAAAAGUGACCACAAAGCGGUUAAUAAAUCAAAAUCAAUUAAUUACAACAAAGAAAAACUUUUGGCUACAAUGAAGGCAAUUGAUAAUAAUGAAGAUAUUGACUUUUUUAUUGAUCAACAUUUUCCAAAACGUAAUUCUUUAACUAGAUUUCAAAUAACAGAAAACUUAUUCCGUGGAUUACCUGCACAUAGCAAGAAAAACUAUAGUAUUAUUAAUGAUGUGUUUGAUAAUGGUAAUAUGGAUAAUAAAAUUAGCCUUACUUAAACCUUGUUAGUUAUAUCUAUCUAUAAUAAUAUCUUGCAAGUUUACUGAAGUCUUAAAACUAUUUGAUGAUAUAGUAAGCUUCUUAAAUGAUCAAUAUUAUUAACAAGCUUACAAUUACUAAAAUUCGUUUAGACUAAAAUUCGUUUAUUUUAUUAGCCUCACAUAGUUAAACAUUAAUCAAAUUUAAUCAUGACAUAAAAUAAAAUGUAGCAGUAAACUUAGUAUGAUUACGUUGCAUUUUAUUAAAAAAUACAUUAUAUAAAACAUCAAUUAGUUUAACCAUGUGGAAGCUGCUGCAUAUGAAGAUACUAUUUUGAAUAUGAUCUAACAAAUUUUAAACAAGCAAGUUUUUAAUAGAAUCAA